AUGGAGUCAGCAUCAUCAAUAGAAGCGCUAAAGGCGCUGCUGUCGACGGACAGCAUUUCGGACGAUCGACUUGCUGAACACCAUCAACAUCUCUUAACGGAAUCACAGUUUAUUUCUCAGUGCUCCAGUCCGCAAGAUAGUGAAUAUUUCUUGCGUUAUGGUAAUAACACGUAUAACACGGAACGCUACCUUCUCGCCAUACCGGAAUUAGAAGUGUGCGAUGACAUUUUGACUAACAGAAAAGACAUCAAACAUCUGCAAACACCGAUGCACGUUCGAUGGUCAACAUUCAAUGGUUCAAUGGCUAGUAUUGUUGACAAGUAA